UCCAAAACACCUUGUACAGCUCGCACGCUUGAACACCUCAUCAGUUGACACAGAUUAUAUGAAAGAGGAAGAUUUGCAUUGUACAGCACAUGUUCACCAAGGGCAAGAUGUAGAGUUUGAAAAGACUUGGUUUGCAGACCCCCACACGUGUGAAAGAUUGACCCUCAAAACUACAUAUUGGUCUAAACAUUAUUGUGCUGUGCAGGUCCAUUUUACUCGUUGUCCAAACAGCUGCAUCAAUGCUAAUCGCAGUGUUCUCAAACAUGUUAUGCACGGCCUCAGAACAGAGGACUCUGAGGUUGACUGCUGCCAACAUGAUUUCUUUGACAUCAUUGAUUCUAUACCCCAUGUCUCAUUAGCAAAACCGCGAGCCGCCCAUUGGAAAGACGUGGGGAAGUGGGUCAAGAAGUGUGCAGCCAAUGACAAUGAAUGGUCCCGAACAGAGGACCCUAGUGUGUUGUUUUGUCAAAGGCUUGGGGUCUACAAGCAAAGUCAGGCUGUGUGUGUGCAUGUUAAGCGCAGCGUAAUACUAGCCACUGAUGACCAGGGUCCUGGAGACCCCAGCCGUAGUGGCCUGUUUGUCUCUGUUUCCACAGGCAUAACUCCAGCAGAGGUGCACCCCAAAUUGGCGGGAGUUCCAAAUUCCGUUUGGGCAAAGGGUAAACAUGAUGUGGGCCUAAUAAAGAAUGCUGAACCAGUGGUGAUCACCCCCAAAUCGGAUUUCAGGCCUAGGCAGACCCAGUAUCCACUCAAACCAGAAGCAAUUGCAGUUAAGAAGGCAAGAAAAUCGUCUCAGCCCGAUGAGUGGAGGUUUGUCCAAGAUCUGCAAGCAGUCAAUGCUGCGGUUGUUCCGCGCACACCUGACGUCCCUAACCCAUACACCAUUUUGGGCCAGGUGCCCGCUGACAGUAAGUGGUUUUCAGUGGUGGAUCUAGCAAAUGCGUUCUUUUCUAUUCCUAUACAUAAAGACAGCCAGUAUUGGUUUGCCUUUAUGUAUGAUGGUCGUCCAUACACUUUCACUCGUUUGUGCCAGGGUUACUGUGAGUCCCCAACCAUAUACAACCAGUGCCUUAGAGACAGCCUCGCUUCGUUAACUUUGUCACCGAGAUCAGCUUUGCUGCAGUAUGUUGACGAUUUAAUGAUUUGUGCCCCAACUAAAGCUCAAUGUGAGGAUGACACCAUAACGCUACUGCGACACCUCGCUAAGGAAGGUCAUAAGGCUAGCCUCACAAAAUUACAGUUUGCAAAACAGAAGGUGCAUUUCUUGGGGCAUGAUAUCACAGGGGAGGGAAAAACGCUGUCUGCGGACAGAGUCUCAGCUAUUCAGAAAAUUCCCAAGCCGAUCACUGUGAAACAAGUUUUGUCAUUUUUGGGUAUGUGUUCCUAUUGCAGAGCAUUCAUUCCGAAUUAUUCCAUCCUGGAAAGUCCAGUGAGAGAGCUCGUGCACGGUUCGUCCCUCACUGCUUCAUCACCUGUCGUAUGGACACCAGAAGCUGAAGAAGCAUUCCUGGCCCUAAAAGGCGCCCUACAGACCACACCCACACUGGGACUGCCUGAUCCCAAUAAACCAUUUAGAUUCAUGUGCAGGAGGGGUCAGGUCAAAGAGAUGUUCUCUGACAACGGCACAAACUUUGUGGGGGCAGAACGUGAAUUGAGAAACUCACUAGCACUUCUGAAUCACAGCAAGAUCCAGCAAGCCCUAUCAACUGAGGGAAUAAAAUGGACUUUUAAUCCUCCCUUCGGCUCACACUAUGGAGGCUCAUGGGAGAGACUCAUCCAAAACAUCAAAAAGGUCCUCUACUCCAUUGUUAGGCAGCAAGUCUUGAAUGAAGAAAGCCUGCAGACGGUUCUCUGUGAAGUAGAGACUAUCUUGAAUGAUAGACUCAUCACUGUAGUUUCUGAUGAUGUGCGUGAUCCAGAACCCCUCACACCAAACCAUCUACUUCUGUUGAAAGGACAACCCCUGCUGUCACCAGGAGUGUUUAAGAAGGAUGACUGCUAUGCCAGACGGAGAUGGAGACAGGUGCAGUAUAUCGCUGACCUGUUUUGGAAGUGCUGGGUCAGAGAAUAUCUUCCUCUGAUGCAGGAAAGGCAAAAGUGGAAUGUGGUGAGAAAGAACCUUAAACCAGACGACAUCGUCUUGAUCAUGGAUGAAACAUCACCACGUAACUUAUGGUUAAUGGGAAGAAUAAUAGAGACCAUUCCAGACAGCAGAGGACAUAUUCGACGGGUCAAGAUUCGGACCAGAAGCAACAUUCUGGAGCGACCCCUCACUAAGCUGUGCCUUCUUCUGGAGGCUUGA